UUCUUACUUGCUUUGGGCUCUCUCUCUAGCUUUCUCUCUCUACUUUUUUUUUUUUUUGCUCUCUCACUCUAGCUUUUUCAGGUUCAAUUAGAUGAGCCCUCUAAAUUUCUUGGCCUCUUUUGUCAUCUCUCUAGUUGCUUAGUCUUUUAAGCUCUUUAAUGGCCAUGUAUUACACAGAGGUUCUGUCUUUUAUGGUUGCUUCUUUCUCUCUCUAGAGGCAAAGCACAUAGUUGGUUUCCUCUGGUUUUUACCUGUCCACUGCUUAGUUUCUCAUUUCUAGUAGGUGGCUUCUUUUGUAAGAAUUAUAGUAGAGCCUGUCGUCUUCUUACUCUCUCUCUCUCUUUUGGUUUUUUAGCCCUUUACUUGCAAAAUAUCAAGCAAUUAUCCCUCUCUCUCUCUCUCUCUCUCUUGUUUCUUUAGCACUUUACUAGCAAAAUAUCAAGCUCUAAUUUCAAUCCUUGUUCAUAUUUUACGCCAGUCUUGCUUGCACUUCUUGUUGUUCUUGAGGCUAAGCUCUGGUUCUCGACCAUAGUGAUAUUUUAGGCCAAGAACAACUUGGUGGUGAUAUAUGGCAGUUUUUUUCUUCUAACAAGAAUACAAAAAGUGUGUAAUUUGAUCUCUUAACCUUCCUCCUUUACUUUGUAUUUCUAGUAAAGGUAUUUUAAUGGCAAUUCAAACAACAGGUCUCCUCUUUUUCCUGGCUAUAAUAACAUCCCAGCAAUGCCUGAACCUCCAACUCCUCUUACUCCUCAGUUUUAUCCUCCUGACAUGGUUUCUGAGCACCUGGCUUGUGCCUGGCGGCCAUGCCUGGUGUGGUCACCGAAACCCGUCCCGUAUCCCUGGCCCUGCCGGCUAUCCCGUCGUCGGUAGCCUCCCGCUCAUGGGUUCUCUCGCUCACCGCAACCUUGCUCGCAUUUCCAGUCGCUUCCGGUCCUUGAAACUCAUGGCUCUGUCUCUUGGCUUCACUCCUGUGAUCAUAGCCUCGCACCCUGACACCGCUCGUGAAAUCCUGUCGAGCCCGGCUUUUGUCGACAGGCCUGUCAAAAGAGCCGCAAGGCUGCUCAUGUUCGAGCGCGCCAUCGGGUUCUCGCCUCACGGGGAGUACUGGCGCUCCUUGCGCCGUGCCGCUGCCAUGUGUUUGUUUGCCCCAAGGAGACUUGCCGCGCAAGAGGCCUGCCGGCAGGCCUGCAUCUCAGACGUGCUCAGAGAAGUUGAGAUGUGCCGUGCGGGCGCCGUCCAAUUCCGGGGCGCGUUGCAGAAGGCCGCGCGCAAUAGUAUUGCAGGAUCGGUGUUCGGAGAAUUGAAUAGCAGAGAUAAAGAGGAGCUUGGGGUCAUGGUGAGAGAGGGGUAUGAGAUUUUGGGAGGGUUUGAUUGGGGGGACUAUUUUCCGGCCGGUUGGUGGCCGGAUUUUUGGGGGAUUGGGAAGAGAAGUGAGGUUUUGGCUGGAAAAGUUAGGGCUUUUGUUGGGGGUUUGGUGGAGGAGAGGAGGAAGGAGGGUUUUCAAGGGAGGGAUGAUUUUUUGAGUUUGAUGUUGGGGAUGGCUGAGGAGGAGAGGAUUGCGGAUUCAGACAUGGUAGCACUGCUUUGGGAGCUAAUAUUUCGAGGCACCGACACCGUGGCCAUUCUUAUGGAGUGGGCCAUGGCCCGCUUGGUCCUCCACCCUGCCAUUCAAGCCCGGGCCCAAGCUGAGCUGGACCGUGUAGUGGGCCUGACUCGCCACGUCGCCGACGCUGACCUCCCUAAUCUCCCCUACCUGCUCUCCAUCCUAAAAGAAACCCUAAGGCUCCACCCACCGGGCCCUCUCCUUUCCUGGGCCCGCCUCUCCAUCCAGGACGUACAUGUGUCCAAAUCCUACAUCCCAAAAGGCACCACGGCCAUGGUCAACAUGUGGGCUAUAGCCCACGACCCUAACAUAUGGCCCGACCCAUUGGUCUUUGAUCCAGAAAGGUUCGACCGUGAGCCCAUCUCUAUCAUGGGCUCGGAUCUACGACUAGCGCCUUUCGGGUCAGGUAGACGCGUGUGUCCAGGUAAGAGCAUGGGCCUGGCCACUUGCCACCUUUGGCUCGCUCGAUUGUUGCACCAUUAUCAGUGGCUUCCUCAUGUUACUUCAAACAAGAGAGAGAAAGGUCUUAUUGAUUUAAGAGAGAGGUUGAAGCUCUCAAUGGAGAUGAAAAGGCCCUUGGUUUGUAAAGCAAUGAUAAGGAACAGGGUUCCUUUUGGGUGAGUCGGUGAUGAGGAAAAGGUUAACCUUUUUCCUCUUAAAAAGGCAUAAAGAAAAAGAAAAAGUGUGGCUUUUAGAUGAGGGUGGUGGUGUACAGUGGGGUGCUGUGUAUGGUGAGCAGGAGACGUGUACGGUGGGAUGGGGGUUUGUGUACAGGGCAAUCAGGGGUUAUGCCUUUUACUCAGAGGAAAGGGAGGGAUAUGGGGUUGCGUGUGUAUGUAUAUGUGGUUUUGGUGGUGAUGGAGAUGUCCUUAGGUUGUAGUGAUGUUGGAUUAAGAUAUUGUGCUUGAUCUUGUAAGAAAGAAAUAUCUUAACUAUAAAUAUUCCACUUG